UUGCAGAUAUAAAUAAUGGCCUUCCAAUUGGACGAUCUUCUAAAGGAAGAUAAGAAGGAUGCAAAUUUAUUACCUGAUCUAAGUAAAGCAAUUUGUAAUUCUCAAGAAGAGUUUCGUCGACUUCUGGAGAAUUGUCCUGAAUUUAAAAUUAAACCAGAAAAGGUAAAAAAAGAAGAUGCAAAAGUGCGUGACAAAGAAUUUUCUUGGAAACCAACUAAAAAAGAAUUGAAAGCGUUUGGAAAAGAAUGGAAUUACGGAAAUCCAAUACCUCCAGAUAUGAAAGAUUUAAAUCUUCACGAAUUACAACAAGUUGCUAUUGAUUGGAGAAUGUUAACACCUAUCAGACCAAAAAAUCGACAAGAUGAAGAAAUGUUCUCUAGAUUGGUGGAAAUGGGAAAACUGGAAGCAAAAACAAUUGCUAAAGAACGACGAUCAAUUAUAAGUCCUAUUAGACGUAGUAAAAAUCGUGCUGGUAUGAUUGAGAGUAGCGUAAAAAUAUGUAAUGAAUGUGGAGAAGAAUAUUGUCUUGGUGAAUUUUGUGGCGAUGUCAUGUAUGAUUUAUAUGUAAGAAUAAAUGUGACGGUUCAACAACCGAAAAUAAAAAUAUCCGCCGAUACUGAAGCAAUAAUAGCCAAUAUGGAUCGUAAAAAGAAACGCAAGAGGAAAAAGAGAAUAAAAAUUAAAAAUACUAGGAAAAAUAGUAGACUGUUAAUUCGAAGCAAAAGAAUGAAAUCUAUGGCUAAUGAUUUAGGAAGAAAAAGUAAUAAAGACAAGCUAGAGAAUAAUGAGAAUAAUUCAAAGCCUGUUAAGCCAUUUAAAAGAAAAUGCAGUAAAUAUACUAAAAAAGGAUUUCGAAAAUAAACGUAAAAGGUAAUAAAAAUUAAUACAUGUUAUAAAUUCCGAGAAUAUUUAUCACGAAUUAAAAUUUAUUUGUUACGAAAAUAAAUUUGAAUAAAUUCUUUUUAUAUUAUUGUAUAUUAAUAUAAUUGUCAAACUAAAAUAUGAUAAAUAUAAGAUGUAUGUAUUUUAAUAAUAUUAAAUAGAUGCUAUUUAUGCUUAUAUGUAAAUAAUUUAUGUAGAAAGUAAAAAUUAAAAAAGAAUUAAGGAUUAAUUGAUGCAAAAUGAAAACGAAGAGUUAUGUAUGUUUAUUAUUUAUCUAUAUUCUGUGGUCCCUUAAAACGUGGAAUAAACUGACCUGUCUUACAAUAUUUAAAAAUUGUAAUGAUAAUUAAAUAUAUAUAAAACAACAUAAUUAACGGGCAGGCGCAGUAAAUGGUUGCAACUAAAUGUUGGAAAAAUAUAAUUUUUAUUCCUCAUUUCAUUUAUCUCUU